AGGGGGAAAAAAAACAGCUGAAAGUUAGGAAAUAGUUUGAGGCUCUAAGACACAAUGACAGAACCCAUGGUGCAGCUGUCUGGAAGAAGCAUACAUUCUGCACCCCACAUGCACGAGAAAUAAGAAGCAAAAGCAACAUAUGGAGUUUGUAUGUGUAAAGGUGCAUGCAUGUGCAUGAGUGAGUGAGUGAGACUCUGCCUCUGCCUCUGCUCAGCACCCCCUGAUUUAGUCCAGACUGCCUGGGAUCGCAGCAUCUCUACUCUCGCAUUGUUGGACCACUACUGAGCCCUGAAGGAUAUCCUGAUCCUGCCCAUCUUCUGCGUCAAACUGCUGAUCCCUGUUUUUUGGAAUCGGAAGACGGCAAAACAAUAGGGGAAUACUGUCACAGCGGCAAAAAGAAGAAAAAAUUCCUGCUUCUUCUUCUUCACUUUUUUUCCCGGGGUCAAUUUUCUUCUGUUUUUUUUUGUUUGUUUUUUUUUUGUCCUCUGGAAUAAUGUCUGCCGGCGGGUCCACGGGGGCAUGGUUUUCAGCAAGGCUUUGUGCCAUGCUGGUGCUGUUGGCAGUGGGCAGCAUGGAGCCGACCAAGGACAAGGCUAAAGAUCGAGCCUCCUGCUAUGGAGGAUUUGACCUCUACUUCGUGUUGGACAAAUCUGGGAGUGUGCAGCACCACUGGACUGAAAUCUAUCACUUUGUUGAACACCUGGCUCAUAAGUUCAUAAGUCCGCAGCUGCGAAUGUCCUUCAUCGUCUUCUCCACCGAGGGCAGGAUCCUCAUGAGGCUUACGGAGGAUCGGGAGAGGAUUCGUAAGGGCUUAGAGGAGCUCCAGAUGGUGCAGCCAGGAGGAGACACCUACAUGCACGAGGGCAUCCAAAGGGCCAGUGAGCAGAUAUACUAUGGAAACACAGAAGGGUACCGGACAGCCAGCGUUAUCAUCGCCCUAACGGAUGGGGAGCUGCAUGAAGACCUUUUCUACUAUGCUGAGAGAGAGGCCAACCGCUCGCGGAGUCUGGGCGCCUCGGUGUACUGCGUGGGGGUCAAGGACUUCAAUGAGACGCAGCUGGCAAAGAUUGCGGACAGCAAGGACCAUGUGUUCCCAGUCAAUGAUGGGUUUGAGGCUCUGCAGGGGGUCAUUGAUUCGAUAUUAAAGAAGUCCUGUAUUGAGAUACUAGCAGCUGAGCCCUCUAGCAUCUGCGCAGGAGAGACGUUCCAAGUGGUGGUGAAAGGAAAUGGCUUCCUGCACGCCCGCAACGUGGAGAAGGUCCUGUGCAGUUUCCGCAUCAACGACACCCUGACCAAAAUGGAGAAGCCGUUGGUGGUGAAGGACACUUACCUACUUUGCCCCGCGCCAGUUCUCCGGGAAGUGGGAACGGCGGCCUCUCUCUUCGUCAGCAUGAAUGAUGGCCUGAGCUUCAUCUCUAGCUCAGUCACCAUCACGACCAUGGGCUGCUCUGAUGGGAAAAUCCUGGCCAUUGCUCUGCUCAUCCUGAUGCUGCUGCUUGUGUUAGCCCUGGUCUGGUGGUUCUGGCCCCUGUGCUGCACGGUGAUUAUCCACGAACCCCCUCCUCCGGUUGUUGAAGACAGCUCGGAUGAAGAGGAUGAUGGGUUUCCUAAGAAGAAGUGGCCUACAGUGGACGCCUCCUACUAUGGGGGCAGAGGGGUGGGAGGAAUCAAAAGGAUGGAGGUUCGCUGGGGAGAGAAGGGCUCCACGGAGGAAGGUGCCAAGCUGGAGAAGGCCAAGAAUGCGCGGGUGAAGAUGCCCGAGCAGGAGUUUGAGCUGCCGCCGGCCCGCACCCUCAACAACGGCAUGCGCAAACCACUGGGACCUCGAAAGUGGUACUCGCCCAUCAAGGGCAAGUUGGAUGCUCUGUGGGUGCUCUUGAGGAAAGGCUAUGACCGCGUGUCUGUGAUGAGGCCACAUCCCGGAGACAAGGGCCGCUGCAUCAACUUCACCAGAGGGAAAUCCAACACAGCCCCUCGUUACCCGUUCUACAACCAUCAUUCCACUCCUAUUUAUAGCCCCCCGCAAAACUGCAGCCCUCCCCCUCCCCAAGGCAUGCUUCCUCCCUCCCCUCGCAGCUCUACCGCGUCCCCUUCCCCUUCCCCUUCCACCACUUCCACAUUGCCCCCGCUGCCUCCCACACCCCCUCCUCUUUCUAUCACCCCGCCCCCUUAUACUCCUCCCCCAACCCGUGCCCUGCCUCCAACUUCCCUAUAUCUGCCCGCACCCCCAGCUCCACCGUCACCUCCCCCUCCUGCAUCUCCGAUGGGUUCCCUACCCCCUCUCCCUCUGUCACCGCCCCCUAGCCGUGCCCCUCCCCCUGCCCGCCCUCCACCACGCCCUUCUCUGUAGAGUCACAGAGUUAACUGAAGUGGGAGGGACGAGAGCUUCCUGGGACUGUCCAGCUCAAAAGUGUCAACUGAAGCUACCCGAAUGUCCCUCCCCCUGUUACCCCAACCUCCCCCCACCUCCCAUCCCUGACUGUUCUCUCACUUUCAACUCCCAGUCAAACCACUCCAGCUAAGCUUUCCACAUGACUUCAGCUACACAAACAACCAGCUGAGAAGCUUGCUGCAAGAAAAAAAGGACAAUAACAGUGAGCAAUUUGCUGUUUUGCUUUUUUUUGGGAGCAAAUCAUUUGCUGUAAAGCAUGGACUAAGCAUAAAAUGAUGUGCGUUUGGCUGCUCCAAGAAUUCACACCGCAAAAACACUCAGAAACACCCAUAAGCCUGGUUUUGGCCCUUUAGACCACCAAGAUCAAACUCAACUCCAUGCACAGCCAGGAUGAAUAAGGACUUUGCAUCUGGACAAUCUUCUUUGUCUCCAUCUUCUUCUACUGGUGUGCGACACCAUAUUUGCUUUUGAUUCCGAUGCUUUCCUGAAAUGCAUCGUUUUAAAGUCGCAAGGGCAUUAUGAGUUAGUUUGGAGGGCCUUGAAAGGAAGGAAUUUUUGUAAGUGCAUGUGGUGGCAUCAUUAUGGGUGUCUCCUGUUUAUUUGUUUCCAUAGUGACCUCCAUGUGAGAACCCUUGCUCAGGGAGGAAUAAUCGAGGAUACAUACCGACGGUACACACCGCACCAAGCAGCCAGGGUUUGAGAUUGAAGUGAGCCGAAUAGAGCAAAAUACAGACCAGCAAUCUUACAGACCUGAGACUGAACCUUUCCUCUCUCGAGGUGCACAGGUUUCCGAUGACCAUGGAGUGGCUUACAGUUGAUCAGUGUCAGAUUGCCUAUUACUGUUACGAAGAGCCAUAACGACCAGAACCGAUGACAGCUUCGGUACGAGAACAUACUACAGGGUAGGAAUUAGCAGGUGCACUUCUGGGAAGCAGACCUGUCGCUCUUUCGCAUUGCACAGUAAUUGCCAAAGAGAAGAGACUUUAUGUGGCCUAUAUCCUGGUUGUCAAUACAAGUAAACUGCACACAGUUUUGUUCAUGACAUUAGUAAGAUGAGGACUGGGUCAAGAAUGCCAAAGAAAGGCAAUAAAACUGCAGAACCUCUUUCAGGAGAAGUGUGCUGUUUGAGGAUGCUGUGUAAACCCAUCAGAAAGAGUUUAUUUUGCAGUAUCGGUGCGUGAAUGUUUGUGUGUAUGUGUAUGCCUGGUUCUUAGCAUUUAUUGAAUCAUUUUAUAUAUGUAUAAAUAUAAAUGUAUACAUUUCACUUUUACAUUCUUCCAUUGUUCAUUUACCAUCAGAUAUCUUUAUAAUUUGAUCACUACAAGUGAUGCAGUGGACCAUAAAGAACAAAAACUUAUUAAACUUGUAUAAGAAUUCUCAUGCAUACGUAUGUCACCAGAGAUAAUAAGCAGUCCAGAGUUUUGCGAUCAACAGUGUAUUGUUUCUUUGUUUUUUUUGUUUUUUGUUGUUGUUCUUGAUGUUUAUUUGUACAUAUUUUACAUCAGUGAUCUUAAAUGAAAGGCUGUCUGUCCUUUUCAUCAUGGCUUGGGCUUUGUUCAUUGUCAGUGUCCUCAUAGUAUAAAUUAUUGUUAAGCCAACAACAUCUUUUGGCCUUAUAUUGUUGUACUUGUAAUUCUGCUUCAGUGUGCUUGUAAAAGUUGCAUGCCUUAUUGUUAUUGAUGCUAUGGCCUUUGAAUCAAUGUGGUAAAGAAAUCAAGCCCUUUGUCAGCUGAAUAGACCUUGGCCCUUGAAUCAGGAGGUUUUGGGUCAGUGUUUUAACCCUUUCUCAUUCUCAUUCUCAAAGGUUCAAACCCAAUCAAAUGAGCAACAGUAUUAGUCAUGAUGGUUGGACUCAAGCAAUAAGAAACUGGGGUCACACUUUACACAAAGUAUAUUGAGCAUCAGCCUUCACAGAGAAUGUAGAACACCUUCGUUAAUAUGUAACAGCAUAAUUGUAAAUCAUUUCUAAGAAACAAUAAUUUAUGAAAGAUAUGUAUUUUUUAAUGUUAUUCUUAAAUGCGACAUGCUUUUGUGUAACUUAAGAUCCAUCCUCUGAACAAAAUAACUGCACAAAUGCGCAUACAUUUUGAAAGUUGUGUCAUGGUCAUGAUUGUUUUGCAUUAUACAUACGAGAAUAUACAUACUUUGUGCAUAGUGUGACCAAAACUGGAGUGCAAUAAAUCAACAAAUGCUGUCAGA